UAUUUCAUGAUAUCUCAUUUUAUCAGACCUCAGGGUGACAUUUCACGCCGAACUUUAUGUUUAAUUGGGACUAUUUGUCUGUGAGUCGUUGACAGGCAGUUCUUAGGUCUCUCAAACAUGGCCACCGUGAUGGAGUGUAUGCAAUAACUUUAAAUUUGAGGUUUUUCGUAGAAAACGCAUAUUUGUUUUUUGAAGGAAUGUUCAACCAGAAAACAUCACACAUAAUGCUGUAUCCACCUGGAAGCUUUGGGGAAAGUUACAUGGGGGAUAUUACGCUGAUAUAAGUUGACAGGGAGCUGGAAAAAAGAAUUGCAAUCAAUUUCGUAAGCAUUCUGCUUUCUCGUGAAUGUUUUUCAGCGUUUUUAUUGCAUUUAUUGUAAGUUUUUCCGCCAUUUGACGACUAAGGAUUAAUUUCUUUGAUAUUUAGCGAAGACUAAAAGAUGAUACCGAUUGGAAGUAAAAUACGGCAUCUUUUUGUGCAGCAGUGUACUUCAGAAAAAGGAAAGUAACCAGUUUUAAAUAAAGGGAAAGAGACGAGGUUUGCUGUUGGACCCUAUAACCGGUUACUUUUUUUUCAACCAAGUGAAGAAAUGUUUUUUGGAAUAUAACCUUAACCAGUUGUAUGCUUUUGAAGCCUAUGAACUGCAUUUGUUUCUUCUAUAAUUUUACGCUGGAGAGUGAUAAGCUACAGCGGCAAAAAACCCAUUUCCUCAAAAUAUUAAACAAAAGUAUUUACUACAUUUCUCGUAUGACAGCGAAGGUCAUGACGGUAAUAACAUCAAACUUCUAGUUUUGAAAGCAUGUCAUCAGAGGACAAGACUGUGGAGGCCUCUGACCAAGGACCUUCGGCGCUCCCCGACGACGCCGGGGACAUGCCCGCGGGCAGCCCGGCCGCCGCAGACAGACGCCCCCGGGGUCGGCCGCGCAGGGAUGUCCUCGCCUCCACGCCCAAGCCCAGGAAAAAAGUCCGCAGCAGAGGAAGGGCUUCCGCCGAUGAUGACGAUGGCACGGACGGAACGGAGGCAGCAGAAUCUGACGACGCUCCGGAGUCAGGCAAGUCCUCGUCUUCAUCACCUUCGCCGCAGCGGUUCUCGCGGUCGCCGCUGUCGUCCUCGUCAUUAACGCCACGUUUCCUCUGCAGAGGCCGAUCUGCGUGCUUGGGGAAGGGAGGGGGGGAUGAGUUUGUGUUGUCCUCCUCGUGCGCCUUGAAUGAAGUCUCACCCCACCCCGCCUUUCCACACCCCAGCCUUCUGACCCAGGUCCCUGGAGAAAGAAAGGACUCUUUCGGGGAGGGCGAGGACGACGGCGACAGCGAGGGGGACCUGCUGGCUGACGGGCUGGGGGAGGAUGGGCCGCUGUCCCCCAUGUUCCAGCACUUCUCCCACCAUUCCAAAUGCAGUGAACAGCUCUGUGCCUUCUGUUACUGUGGAGAGAAGAGCCUGCUGGGACAGGGCGAGCUCAAGAUGUUCGGCCCCACGCCCGGGUACGUCCCGCUGCACAUCCGGAACCGGAGGGGCAGCUCUGAGAACGACACCGACGUGGACCGGAGCCCAGAACGGAGCGAGGCCGAGCACGGGCUGGGAGACCCGGCGAAUGGGCCGCUCUCUCCCUGCGACGGGAUGGCGGAUGUGUUUGGGGAGGAGCCGGCCGGGAAGCUGUGGGGGGAGCUGGGCCAGGUCGGCCUUCCUGACGACAUCAACGUCCAGUCACUGUUCGAUCCCACAGGGCAAUGCUGUGCCCAUCUGCGCUGUGCAGCGUGGUCAGAGGGGGUGUGUCGGGGGGAGGGACAGUCACUCCUCUACGUGGACAAAGCCAUCGACUCAGGGAGCACAAAGCACUGUGCAUACUGUAAGCGCCUUGGAGCGUCCAUCAAGUGCUGCGUGGAGAAGUGCGUCCGCUUGUACCACUACCCCUGCGCUGCCGCCACCGCCGGGACCUUUCAGGACAUCAGCAGCCGCACCCUCCACUGCCCGGAGCACGUCCAGCUGGCCCUCCGCAGAUACGAGGACGCGGCGAACUGCGCCCUGUGCGACGGCCCCGGCGACCUGCUGGACCGGCUCUUCUGCACGAGCUGCGGCCAGCACUACCACGGCCUGUGCCUGGACGUCACCGUGAGCCCGCUGAAGAGGGCCGGCUGGCAGUGCCCCGAGUGCAAGGUCUGCCAGACGUGCAAGAACCCUGGAGAGGACAGCAAGAUGUUGGUCUGUGAUAUGUGUGACAAGGGCUAUCACACAUUCUGCCUGCAGCCAGUGAUGGAUACUAUUCCCACCAAUGGCUGGAGGUGUAAGAACUGCAGAGUGUGCAUUCAGUGCGGCACCAGGACCAGUGGCCAGUGGCACCACAGCUGCCCGCUGUGUGAGGGCUGCUACCAGCAGCAGGACUCUUCGGCGCCCUGCCCCCUGUGUGGGAAGUCCCUGAAACCCGAGCUCCACAAAGACCUGCUCUCCUGUCACUCCUGCAAAAGGUGGUUCCACGCUGACUGUGAGAGGCAGGCGGGGGGCGACGUGGAGGCCCCGCAGAGGGACGACUACGUCUGCACCGCCUGCAAGCAAGCGGAGCGGGACCCUGCCCAGACCCAGAGCGACCCGGCCCAGGAGAUGGCCGCGCCCGCUCCAGAGCCUGCCUCGGACCCUGGAAGUGUGGACAACGGCGAUGCACCGCAGGGGGGCAGUGGUUUUAACACAGCUUCUGCCAGUGAGGAACGGAGAGAUACCCUGUCAGCCCUGGAUCCAGCACAGGAAAUCCAAGUGACCGUCACGGUGACCGAGCGUCCGGCAUCACCCCAGCUGGUGCCGGGUUCAGUGGACGAGCUUGGGCAGUCUGCUCAGGGUACACCAGCAGUCCUCGUGGCCGGGGUGAUGGAGGUGGCAGACAGCGUCGGAGCGACGAAAGAGUCGGCAGACAUCCCUGUCGAAGAGGCGGGGUCCAAGCUGAUGGCGGCCAGCCCCGGAGAGGUGUUCUCGCCAACCAAAGAAAGCACCCAAGAGCCAAUGGCAAACCUGGAGGGGUCCAUGGAGGUGUCUCUCUCAUUGGAGAAAGGGGAGGAGUUUAGCAGGACGGGCCUGGAGGGGGAGGGGGAGGGUGAGGGGGAGGGGCAACAGGUUGGGGUUCUGCAGGAAGGAGGACAGCCGGGGUUUGUUGGUACCAGUGCCCAAGUAGAGAUGGAAACCACGCCCCCAGCAGAGAUGGACACCACGCCCCUGGUUGAGAUGGACUCCACCUCCCAGCUAGAGAUGGACUCCACCUCGCAGGUGGAGAUGGACACCACCUCGCAGGUGGAGAUGGACUCCACCUCCCAGCUAGAGAUGGACUCCACCUCGCAGGUGGAGAUGGACUCCACCUCCCAGCUAGAGAUGGACUCCACCUCGCAGGUGGAGAUGGACACCACCUCCGCAAGCGAGCACAGCUUGUGUGAACUCGGCUCGCCGACAGGGGAUGACGGGGAGCCGAUGCGGACCCCCGAAACUUCAUCCGGGGGUUCAGCCGGGCCCGGCCAAUCGCCCCUUUCAGUCGGUUCCUCACCCAAGGAGGCAGCCCCAACGCCGCCCACCCUGGCAACCGCCUUCAUUCCAGUGACGCCAAAGAUCGGCAUGGGAAAGCCAGCCAUCUCCAAGAGGAAGUUCUCUCCGGGGAGGCCCAGGGUUAAGCAGGGAGCAUGGAGUGACCGUAGUGCUGUGAGUUCACCCUCUUGGUCCCCCGACCACUCAGACGGGUGGGAGACGCCCAAGAACAGGCAGCCAUUGACCCCGCCCCUCUGGACCGUUAAAGUGGGUCGAGGAUCGGCCUUUCCCGGACGGAGGCGGCCCAGGGGGGCCAGUCUCUCGGGGAGAGGAGGGAGGGGGCGCUCAAAGCUGAAGGGCGAAAUCUGCCCCGCCGUCACUCCGGGGCCGGGCUUGGCGGAGACGUUCGCGGUGAAAGAGGAGGAGGAGAAUGCCAUGCACAACACCGUGGUCCUGUUUUCCAGCUCCGACAGCUUCACCCUCAGACAGGACAUGUGCGUGGUCUGCGGGAGUUUCGGGCAGGGCGCGGAGGGUAGGCUGUUGGCCUGCUCCCAGUGUGGACAGUGCUACCACCCCUUCUGCGUCAACAUAAAGAUCACCAAGGUGGUGCUGAGCAGAGGCUGGCGCUGCCUGGAGUGCACGGUGUGCGAGGCGUGCGGCCAGGCCACUGACCCGGGACGACUGCUCCUGUGCGACGACUGUGACAUCAGCUACCACACUUACUGCCUGGACCCGCCCCUGCAGACCGUCCCCAAGGGUGGCUGGAAGUGCAAAUGGUGUGUGUCCUGCACUAACUGUGGUGCCACCACGCCUGGCCUGCGCUGCGAGUGGCAGAAUAAUUACACACAGUGUGCCCCCUGCGCCAGCCUGGCCGCCUGCCCGGUCUGCCUCCGCAACUACCAGGAGGACGAGCUCAUCGUGCAGUGCCGGCAGUGUGACAGGUGGAUCCAUGCCUCCUGCCAAAACCUGAACACGGACGAAGAGGUGGAAAACGCGGCUGACAAUGCCUUUGACUGUACUAUGUGUCGCACCCACACCACCCCUUCACAGGUUAUGGCAGCAACAACGGCGCCAGAAACCGACAGCAACGACCCACCAAUCACAGCACAGAUUGUGACAAAAGCAAAAGAGCCAGCUCCAGAGCAGCAGAGGACGUACACUCAGGAUGGGGUGUGUCUGACGGCGCUGGGGCUGUCCCAGCUGCAGGGCCUUGCGGCCGCGGCGUCCAAACGCAAGCGACCGAAGCCCAAACUCAAGCUGAAGAUAAUCAACCAGAACAGCGUGGCCGUGCUGCAGACCCCGCCCGACCCCCAGGCGGAGCUCUCCCGCGAUGAGGACCCGGAGGACGGCAGAGACGGGGACAUUUUAGACUGCGAGGGGAAGUCGGAGUCCAGCCCUGAACGAGAGCCUGCGGAUGAGGACUGCAAGGGGGCGGAGGGCGCGGACGGGGCCAAGAAGAGGAAGAGGAAGCCAUACCGCCCGGGCAUCGGUGGGUUCAUGGUUCGACAGCGGAGUCGGACCGCACAAGGCAAGGCCAAACAUUCCCUCUCUCGGAAGGACUCCUCAGGGUCUGUAUCUGAGAAUCUGCCAGGGAAGGAGGAAGGAGGUUGGAAUGAGGCAAUGCCUGACACUCCAGUGGAGGAGGCUCCACCCGGACUCGAGUCACUGGAGAAGGUGAAGAAGCGUUACAGGAAGAAGAAGACUAAACUGGAAGAGGAAUUCCCUUCAUAUUUACAGGAGGCGUUCUUCGGGAAGGAGCUGCUGGACAAGAGCAAGCAGGCCAGGCAGACCCCAGAGACGGCCCUGUCCGACGACGACCGCGCCCAGGCCCACAGCAAACCCCCCAGUGCUGCCGCCAGCUUCCUGGACCCGUCCUCUGACCCGCUGCUCAGCGCUGCCACCACCCCCAUCUCCAACAAAGCUGGGGCCUUGGCCAACUCGGAAGACCCGUUAGUGGACUUGUCGGAGGUGCUGAACACGGACGACGACAUCCUGGGAAUGCUGUCCGGCGACCUGGCGAAGCCAGGCGACGAUUCAGGUCUUGGUUUGUGCCCGUUUCAGGUGGAGAACUCUCCGUCUCCAUUUGCUGGCUUGGAUAUCGGCCCCAUCCCUGAUGACCCUGUGAUCGCCCCCCAGCCGCAUCCGAGCCGCACCCAGCGGACUCUUCCAGUGGAACCCCUGGAUGGCAUUCUCAGCCCCGAGCUGGAUAAGAUGGUUACAGACGGGGCAAUUCUCAGUAAACUGUACAAAAUACCAGAGCUGGAGGGGAAGGACGUGGAAGACCUGUUCACUGCCGUCCUGAGUCCUAGCCGCACCCAACCCCCUCAGCUCACACACCCACUUCCCCCCAACACUGUGCCCUCUACGCAAGGACCCCCAAUGCCUCUACCAAACCCGGGAGAUGGUAUGUUUCCACGGAUGCCAGUGAUGAACGGGCUAACGGGACCGAACCACCCCCACUUUCCCUCUGGUCCCAUGGGCCCCGGUGGGGUGGGACCCUGCGUCCCCAACAACUUCUCUCCGAUUCAGCGCAUGCCAUUCCCCGAAAACAUGAGGGAGAAGAAGUUCAACCCCAUGCGGAGCGAGAUGGGACGCCCCUGGCCUGCACCUGCGCCCGGCCCGGCCCCUCUCACCGCCCCCUUGCCCGAGGGGGAGACUGACACCAUGUCCAAUGCCCAGCGGAGCACGCUGAAGUGGGAGAAGGAAGAGACCCUGGGGGAGUUGGCCACAGUCGCCCCUGUCCUCUACACCAAUGUCAACUUCCCCAACCUCAGGGAAGAGUUCCCAGACUGGACAACCAGGGUUAAACAAAUCGCUAAGCUCUGGAGGAAGGCUAGCUCUCAGGAGAGAGCCCCAUAUGUGCAAAAGGCCAGGGAUAACAGAGCGGCCUUGCGCAUAAACAAGGUUCAAAUGUCCAAUGAGUCCAUGAAGAGACAGCAGCAGCAGCAGCAGCCCGAUCUCUUCGACCCCAGUGUGCCCCUGGACUCCGAGAGCCUUUUCAAGGACCCGCUGAAGCACAAGGAGUCUGAACACGAGCAGGAAUGGAAGUUCAGACAGGGAGAGUUAAUUCAGAUGUGGGGACCCGUUAAGAAGCAGCAGGAAAAGGUCCCAAAAACCAAAGCCAUAAAAUCAUCAAAUAAAGAAGUCCUUUUUGGACAUUCCAGCCAGGCAACUAUAGCUACAGGAUGUGGAAAAAUGUCUCUGCAAAUGAGACAAAAAAGCAAACAGCAGGCCAAGAUUGAAGCUACCCAGAAGCUGGAGCAGGUUAAAAAUGAACAGCAGCUACAACAGCAGCAGCAGCAGCAGCUGCAGUAUAGCAGCCAAUCAGGGGGCGAGCCGGCCUCCAGUGGAAACCAGAGUCCUGCGACACCCCAACCGAGCAAUGGAAACGCAUCCCCAUUGCAACCUAUAAAUCCCAAAGAAGGGUUCCCUAGGUCCCAGCUACCAGUGCCCCCCUCGUCUGCUCCCUUGGACGAUGUGUUCGUGCGCCCCCAGCCUCCACCCCCCGCCACUGCACGGACUCCGAUCCAAGACACCUGUUUCCAGGGGCAGCAGCCACAGGCUUCAUCCCCACAGAUUUUCCCGCCCAGCACCUCUGCUUCCCGACCAACCUCCCCAUGGGACCCCUAUGCCAAAAUGGUGGGGACCCCCAGGCCACCACCUACAGGAUCAGGCACUACCCGGAGGAGCUCGGUGGGGCCACAAUCCCCUGCCCAUGAGCCCUUUGGCUCACCCACAUCCAUGUACAGCGAGGCCUAUACCACGCAGCUUGACACUCCCCAUUCCACCGUGCCUAACGACCCAUUUGUGAAACCCAUGGGGCCGCCAAGGGCUGGCCCCAUUCCUGAGCCCACAGGGAGGCAUGCAGCGGGCGGUGGCACUGGAGAUUCGUUCACCCGGCUAGGGCUCAGAGCUGAGGCCUACCAACGCAUGUCCCACAAUCGGAUGAUCCUCUCUGACCCCUACUGCAAGCCACUGCUAACCCCCAUCCCUGGCAGCAAUGAAUCCGGCUCUGUGUCUCUGUUCAAAGCCCCUAUGCCACCUCCCCAAUCCCAGGAUCCUUUUGGGUCUGCGCCAUCCACCCCGCGGCGUCCGGCCGUGGAUUCCUAUGAAAAGCCUGGGUUUUCCCAAAAUGAGGAUAGCGACCCCUAUGCACACCCUCCCCUCACUCCACGUCCGUCCAUGAAUGAUAGCUUCUCCACCCCUCCUAGAAUGGCUCGGCACCCCCAGGGUACCCUCUUCUCAGCACCUUUGCCUAUGAACCGGCAUCCCCACCGAGAUCCAUUCACACAGACCCCUUCAACCCCCAGGCCUGAUUACUCCCAGCAGUCCCCUGAUCCUUACGCUCAACCCCCUGGCACCCCUAGACCAUCUGUGGACCCCUAUGCUCAACCCCCUGGCACCCCUAGACCAUCUGUGGACCCCUAUGCUCUACCACCUGGCACCCCUAGACCACCUGUUGACCCCUAUGCCCAACCACCUGGCACCCCUAGACCACCUGUUGACCCCUAUGCCCAACCACCUGGCACCCCAAGACCACCUGUUGACCCCUAUGCUCAACCACCUGGCACCCCUAGACCACCUGUUGACCCCUAUGCCCAACCACCUGGCACCCCAAGACCAUCUGUUGACCCCUAUGCCCAACCCCCUGGUACCCCUCGACCAUCCGCUGACCCUUAUGGUCAGCCGCCUGGCACCCCCAGACCUGAUCCUGACCCUUAUUCACAGCAGCCCUGCACCCCUAGGCUGACCCCUGCAGAUCAGUAUCCUCAGCAGCAACCCAUUCGCAUGUCAUCCCCUUCCCAACCAGUAGACCCUUACGCCCGACCACCGGGGACCCCAAGACCCACAAACAUCCAGCAGCUCGGUACUGCAAGACUGGUGCUGAAUGACCCUUAUGCCCAGCCACCGGGCACCCCCCACCCUGGAGCGUCCCAUGGGGACCCAUUCGCUCGGCCGGCAGCCCUUGGCACCCAGACGCCUAAACAGUCUGGUAUGGUGGAUGAUGGCUUUGGCCAGCUGCAGCCUAACCAAGCUGGCCUGACUCUGGCUCAUGACCCCUAUGAGCAGGCGCCAGUGACCCCACGCCCACAGUCUGGGGAGAGUUUUGCUCAUGACAUCAAAGAUCAGCCUGGGAUAGGGCAUGAGGGUACUUCCCUGGCUAUGGGGCAUUUACCAAAUCUCCCACAGUCCACAGGGAAUGCCCCUGAUGCUCAAAGCAGCGGGGUACAGCCUCUUCUGGUAGACUCCGAAGAGAAGCUCAAACAGCGGCAGCGUCUGAGGGAGCUGAUCCUCAGGCAGCAGCAGCAGAAGAGUGCCAUCCGCCAGGAGAAGGGCCUUCAGGAGCCACCCAUGCCCCGACACUGGUCUCAGGAGGACCCCGGAUCCCAGAAUGAACUUUUCAGCAGGCCCCCUCCCCCAUACCCGGGUAUGAUGAGAGUUGCUCCGAUGGCCCCUGGGGGUCAGAGGUUCCCCGGGCCCUUCCUGAGUGACCAACAAGGGCCCUUCCCAUCCAACGGCCAGUUUUCCAGACCUCAGUUUCGUGGAAUCAUGGGCAUGAGACCACAUGGUGCAAGGUUUGGAAUCCCGGCUGGUGGGCAGGGAGGGCAGGAGCACUUUCUUCGACCCUCGCAGCCCAUGCAAGGUUCGAUGAUGGGUGUCCCCCAGCAGAUGAGGAGGUCCCUUUCAGGCGAUCUGGCCCAGUCAAUGGGAGGAAACCCAGCUGGUCUCCACCAGCACUUCCCCCCCAGGGGCCUACAGAUGCAGCAGCACAACAUCAUGGGCCAGCCCUUCAUCGAGCUCAGACACCGAGCUCCCGAGAGCAGGCUGCGACUCCCCUUUGGACCCCCCACCAUGGCGGCCUCUGACCACCCUCAGCGACCACCAGGGUUUGGGGAUGGGGCAGGGCAAGAGUUUGCCAGCAAUCCUAGCACAAGGAUGGGGACAGGGGUCAUGACAGCGGGACAGCCUCAUGGCAUGGGCGACCACCUGCAAAUGUCAUCCAGCUUAGAGAACCUGCACCAGCUCCCUGCUAUGACAAUGGGAGCUGGCCCCCAGCACCCUCCCCUAAUGCGGUCACUAAGCCACCCAGCUACUAUCGAGUCCUUUGGCAUGGCUCCACCCACUCUCCUCCCCCUGGCAGCUCCGCCUGCUGAGCAACGAGAUGAGAUUCCAAUGGUCCCUUCUGAGGCUAUGGAGGAGAAGCUUGAUACCGAAGACUCCGCUGUGAAGGAUUUGGAGGAUGUAGAGGUGAAAGACCUGGUCGAUGACGACCUGGAGAACCUCAACCUAGACCCAGAUGAUGGGAAAGACCUGGACCUGGAGGCUAAUGACCUGCACCUGGAUGAUCUACUGACGUCUGGGAAUUUCGACAUCCUCGCCUACACGGACCCUGAGCUUGACCUUGGAGACAAGAAGGAUAUGUUCAAUGAGGAGCUGGACCUCAACGACCCCGUCGAGGAACACAGCGAGGCCUCCGAAAUGCAGAAGGCACUGUCCGAGAAGAGGAACGCUAGCUCAGCCUCGUCAGUGUCAGCACCACAUGCUGUGCUUAAGGAGGAAAAACCACUUAGUGCAGCACAGCAGAGUCGAGUCAAAAGGGAAACCGGCACUGGUGAUGACCCAGCUCAUCCAUUGCGUUCUGAGUUAACUGUUAAAACUGAAGUCAAAGAGGGAAUGUGUCAAAACCUAGAGAUAUCCAGCUGCCCAGGGCAAACCAGUGAUGGGUCAUAUAAUAACCAGGAAUGCCUGGAGGCUGCUCAGUCUUGUGCUGAGGCUGCCAAACCCGGCUCCACAGCAAUUCUCUCCAACCUAGUAGUCCAGGAGAAGCAGGGGGAAACCAGAAUGGUCCCAACAACCAUUGCCAACCCACUUGACCCCGUGACUCAGGCUAACCCAGGCCUGCAUCAGAACCAUUUCCUUUCGGUACCAGAUCAUCCUAUGAACCCAAACCUCAGGAUGGACCCUUCUUUUGCUCAGGGGGCAGCAAUGGGAAACUCAGGGUUCCCACUCAGACAACCUCCCUGCCAGAGCUUUGGAGUCACAGUCCAGCAGGCCUACCCAGGCCUACCAAUGGGGGGUCAGCACCUCCCCCGUAAUCUGGUGCCCCAGGGCCAGCAGGCAGCAUUCCCGCAGGACCAGGGCCCCCACUCAACAGCCCAGCACAACAGGCCCCUGCUCCUGGAAGAGCAGCCGCUCCUCCUGCAGGAUCUCUUGGACCAAGAGAGGCAGGAGCAACAGCAGCAGAGACAGAUGCAGGCCAUGAUCCGCCAACGCUCCGGUGACUCCUUCCCCAGCAUUGACUUUGAUGCCAUAACAGACCCAAUCAUGAAAGCCAAGAUGGUGGCCCUGAAAGGGAUCAACAAAGUGAUGGUGCAGAACAACAUGGGAAUGCCUCCAAUGGUCAUGAACAGGAUUCAGCUAGGUGGUCAGCAAGUUCCUGGAGAACAGUGUCCUGACAGUGGUGCAGUUCUGCAGAGUGCUGUUGGACAGGACAUCAAGUUGGCACAACACUUGGCGAGACCUAACCCCCCAAAUUUAGGGCCUGGAUUCCCAAACGACGCUCAAAAGAAACAGUAUGAGGACUGGCUGAAGGACACCCAGCAGCUGCUGCAGAUUCAGCAGAAGUUUCUGGAAGAGAAGAUCGGGGCCCACAGGAAAUCUAAAAAGGCCCUCUCGGCCAAGCAGCGUACAGCCAAGAAAGCGGGUCGCGAGUUCCCUGAGGAGGACCAGGAGCAGCUGAGACAUGUGACAGAGCAGCAGAGCGUGGUGCAGAAGCAGCUCGAGCAGAUACGGAAGCAGCAGAAGGAACAUGCUGAGCUAAUAGAAGAGUAUCGGGUCAAAGAGCAGGAACAGCAGUGCAGCAUGCCGCCACCCAUAAUGCCUGGAGCUCCGCCCCAAGGAGCCAUGAUGCCUGGAGCCCUGCCCCAAGGAGCCAUGAUGCCUGGAGCCCUGCCCCAAGGAGCCGUGAUGCCUGGAGCUCCGCCCCAAGGAGCCGUGAUGCCUGGAGCCCCGCCCCAAGGAGCCAUGAUGCCUGGGCCCCUGCCCAUGGGCCAGCCCAUGAUGAGUCACAUGAUGCAAAUGCAGCAGCAGCACUUGGGCCAGCCUGCCCCGCCCCGCAUGACCAGGGUCCCAGGCUGGCAGUCUGGUGCUCCAGGCCCCAUGGGGGGCUCCGGAAUGCCUCCUCAUCUGCCCCCACAAAUGCCCCAGCCCACCUUGCCUGGGCAGCUGCCUAUGGCGGGAACCAAACCCCUGCCCGCGGGGGCGGCGCCAGCAGGUAACGGCACGGGCCACGGCGACGGUGGCGGAGCCCCUCAGGUGAAGUUUGAUGACAACAACCCCUUUAGCGAGGGCUUCCAGGAGCGGGAGAGGAAGGAGCGUCUGCGAGAGCAGCAGGAGCGGCAGCGCGUCCAGCUCAUGCAGGAGGUGGAGCGGCAGCGAACCCUGCAGCAGCACCUGGAGAUGGAGCAGCAGCAGCCGGGCAUUCUGGGAGCUGAAACCAACCGGAUGGCCUUCUACAAUUCAGACAUGCCCCAUGACUUCAUGCAGCCUCAAAGAACCCCACAACAGCAGCAGCAGCAGAUGGGGGCGAUGUUCCCUCAGCAGCAGGGUAUGCAGCCAGGUUUCAUGGCCUUGCCCUCUGGCGCCCCCUUCAUGCCGGGAGGGGAAUGUCAGCCAAUGCCGGGAAAUGGACACUUCUCUGUCGAAAUGGGACCUAACUUUCAGUCAAAACACCCCAUGCUGCCGGGGUCUGGGUUUUCCUUGGGACAGCCCAGGCCUGUGGGGUUUGGGGGGCCCGCCGCAGUGUCCCAGGGAGGUGGCGAGGGUCCGCCCUUUGGCAUGGAGCUGCCCACGCCCCUGCCCCCGAACUACCCUGGGUCAGGUCAGUCACUGAUUCAGCUCUACUCCAACAUCAUCCCGGACGAGAAAGGGAAGAAGAAAAGGAACCGCAAGAAGAAAAAGGACGAGGAUGCCGAGCCUGUGAAAACUCCAUCCACCCCACACUCUGACCUUACCGCCCCCUUCACCCCCUGUGUCUCUGAUACCUCCUCCACCCCCACAAGGAGCACCCUGCAGCCCGUGGACCCCGAGGAGGGGACAGGUGUGUCUGAGCGCUUGUCGGACCAACAGCACAAGGUCCUCUCAGAAAUCAAGCUGGAGAGGGUAGAGCCAGGCGACUGCAGUGGGCCCAGGGAGUCCAAGCUGGCGGAGCCGUCAGAGACCGUUAAGGUGGAGGAGGGGAAGGAGGCGGCCUCGCCUCUCUCUGACGGCCAGAGCCCCGCCAACAGCACCAAGGGGGAGUCUGGCAACGAGCUGCUGAAACACCUGCUAAAGAACAAGGGCGCGCCCCAUGCCCCGCCCCAUCAGAUACCGAACGACGGCCCACACUCGGAGGACGAGGGAUCGAUGGACAGCAGGACCCCGCAGAAGCACACGCCCACAGACGCCGUUGCUUCGAUGGGUGCAGGUGUUCAGUUGUCCAGGAACCCUGAUAUGGUUGGUCUGGUGUUGCCCGAGCAGGGUAAGAAGAAACAACGCAACAAGAGGGUGCCCAAAAGCGUGGAGAAAACCGUGUCCCGUUGCAAAAAGAGGAAGAAGGAAGAGGAACCACAGAUGGUCUAUUCCAGCACUGACACCUUAAUGACCCAACUCAAACAGCAGCUGUCCCUCCUGCCGCUGAUGGAGCCCAUGAUCGGGGUGAGCUUCGCCCACUUCCCGCCCUACGGCAGCGGCCAGCUCAACGGGGAGAGCCGCCUCUCCGGCGCUUUUGGCAGCGCCUCCUUGGACGGCGUGUCCGACUACUACUCCCAGCUCAUAUACAAGAACAACCUGAGCAACCCCCCCACUCCCCCAGCCUCCCUGCCCCCCACCCCUCCCCCGCUGGCUCGACAGAAGAUGGUGAACGGGUUCGCCACCACCGAGGAGCUGGCCAGAAAAGCGGCGGUCAUGGGCUGCCAUGAUGCGGCCAAAAGCCUUGUGCCAAAGCAGCUCCAGACGCCGUUUAGGCCCGAGGACCUGCUGGCGCGAGCGAUGGCACAGGGGCCCAAAAGCGUGGACGUGCCCGCCUCCCUCCCCACACCCCCCCACAACAAUCAGGAGGAGCUCAGGGGACAGGAACACUGUGAGGAAAGAGACACCCCGGAAAGCUUUGUCCCCUCCUCCUCCCCUGAAAGUGUGGUCGGUGUGGAGAUCAGCCGUUACCCCGACCUGUCUCUGGUGAAAGAGGAGCACCCAUCCCCUGCCCCCUCCCCAGUCCUCCCCCUGCUCCCCAGCUCCAGUGGUAAAGCGACUGAAGCCAAGCAGCGGGAAGUCAAGAUGGAGCCUCAGAGCGUGUUCCCCGGGUCACUGUAUGGACAGCCCUCUAACUGCUCCAAAGCAGGACUGGUAUCCAUAGCGAUCAGCCUGAACCCAGCUGCAGCACAGAACAUUCCGGGCGUGGUGGCGGCGGUGGCAGACUUGCUGUGCGUGAAGAUCCCCGGCAGCUACGAGGUCAGCAGCGCCUCUGACAGGGGCCCCCUGAUGCUGCUCGGCGGCACUGGCCCCCAGGGCAUCAUGAGGUUCCUGAGGCCCCCGGGGAUGGUGUCAUCUCAGGUCACCGUCACUCCCAGAAGCAACGGUCCGGCUGCAAUCGGGGGCGACUGCACGACGGGGAAAGGAGACGCAGAGCUGAGAGCACAGUGGUGCUGCCACUGCAAAGUGGUGGUUCUGGGAAACGGAGUGCGAAAGUCCGUCAGAGACUUGCCCUGUGUCGCCCAGGACUCUCAGGACAGCUGGGGUAAGGAGGGGAGCCUGGUCUUCUGCAGCCACAACUGCUUCAUUCUGUACUCUGCUGCCAUGCAGUCCAAGGCCAACGAGCGCAAGCCUGCUGUGACCAUCUCCUCAAACUCCAUGGUUAAAGAGAGCCCUUUUAAAAUCCAGCACCGUUACAGCAACAACAUGUCCGCCCUGGAUGUCCACUGCCUGGCCCAGCUGCAGCCCAAGCAGUCCCCGCCCUCCACUCCGCCCAUAUCCUUCCCGGUCGCCGCCCCCGAGGCCACCCUGAAGGCGGAACCCAAGCCCGAUCCGCUCAAGGUGACGGUCAAGCUGAAGCCCCGCCCCCGGGCAGUCCACAACGGCACGGACGGAUCGCCGGCCCCGGGGCAGUCUCCCGGGAAGCGGUGGAAAGGCCUGCGCUGGCGGAAGUGGAGCGUCCACAUCGUGGUUCCCAAGGGCGACCUCCGCCAGCCGGACGAGGGCGAGAUCGACGAGCUCCUGCGGCGGCUGGGGGCGUCGCUGCGGCCCGAGCCCCUCCCCCGGGACCUCCGCCAGUGCUGCUUCUGCCACGAGGAGGGCGACGGGGUCACCGACGGCCCCGCCCGCCUGCUCAACCUGGACCUGGACCUGUGGGUGCACCUCAACUGCGCCCUGUGGUCCACCGAGGUGUACGAGACGCAGGCGGGCGCCCUCAUCAACGUGGAGCUGGCGCUCAGGCGGGGCCUGUCCGUCAAGUGCGCGUACUGCCAGCACACGGGCGCCACCAGCGGCUGCCACCGCCUCCGCUGCGCCAACGUCUACCACUUCACCUGCGCCCUCCGCGCCCAGUGCACCUUCUUCAAGGACAAGACCAUGCUGUGCCACCAGCACCGGCCACGGGGGGGCGCCCAGGGCCAGGAGCUGCGCUGCUUCGCCGUCUUCCGCCGCGUGUACGUGCAGCGGGACGAGGCGCGGCAGGUGGCCAGCGCGGUGCGGCGGGGCGGGCGCGACCGCACCUUCCGCGUGGGCAGCCUGGUCCUCCACGCCGCCGGCCAGCUCCUGCCCCAGCAGAUGGCCGCCUUCCACGCGCCCGCCGCCAUCUUCCCCGCCGGCUACGAGGCCAGCCGCAUCUACUGGAGCAUGCGCCACGGCAACCGCCGCUGCCGCUACAUGUGCGCCGUCGACGAGCGGGACGGCCGGCCCGAGUUCAGCGUCCGCGUCCUGGAGCAGGGCUACCGGGACCUGGUCCUCACCGACACCACGCCCAAAGGAGUGUGGGACCAGGUGUUGGGUCCCGUAGCGGAGCGGAGGACUGAGUGCGGCAUGCUCAAGCUCUUCCCCGUCUACCUGAAAGGAGAGGACCUGUUCGGCCUCACCACCUCCGCCGUCACCAGGAUCAUAGAAUCGCUCCCGGGGGUGGAGGCCUGCGAGACCUACACCUUCCGCUACGGCCGCAACCCCCUGAUGGAGCUGCCGCUGGCCUUCAACCCCACCGGCUCCGCCCGCUCCCAGCCCAAGGGCAGCUCGCACGUCAAGAGGCCUCACACCCUGACCAGCAUCUGCUCCUCAAAGUUCUUCCAAAGCACAGUCGCCGGGGAGAUCAGCACCCCGUACAGCAAGCAGUUUGUGCACUCCAAGUCCUCCCAGUACCGCAAGAUGAAGGCCGAGUGGAAGAGCAACGUGUACCUGGCCCGCUCUGGCAUCCAGGGUUUGGGACUGUAUGCUGCGAAGGACAUUGAGAAAUACACCAUGAUCAUCGAGUACAUCGGAACCAUCAUUCGCAAUGAAGUAGCCAACAGAAAGGAGAAGCUGUACCAGUCACAGAACCGUGGUGUGUACAUGUUCCGGAUCGACAGUGAACACGUCAUUGACGCCACCAUCACAGGCGGCCCAGCAAGGUAUAUCAACCAUUCUUGUGCACCGAACUGUGUAGCCGAAGUGGUAACAUUUGAAAAAGGCCAUAAAAUCAUCAUUAGCUCAAAUCGGAGGAUUCAGAAAGGAGAAGAGAUGUGCUAUGACUACAAGUUUGACCUAGAGGAUGACCAGCAUAAGAUCCCAUGUCACUGCGGGGCCGUCACCUGCCGAAAGUGGAUGAACUAAAGAAAAAAAAACCAGCAUUCCUUGGAAUUUGUUUUCAUUUUUAUAACGGGCCUGUUUUUUUUUUUUCUCUCUCUCUCCUGUGGAAGAAGUGUAUUCGAACUAGAACCCUGUCCGUGCCCCCACCCUAUAGGUCAAUUUGGUAACCGUGUGAUGAGAUUUGGGUCAAAGGCACAAGGAAAGAGAGCUCUUACCGGGGAUAGGGGUGAGGGUGACACAGAUUGACUGUUUUACUGGAAUUUUUGUGCUGUGUGUGUGUAUGUGUGAGUGAGAGAGAGUGUGUGUGUGUGUGUGUGUUUGUGACUUUUUUCCCCUUCCAAACUAGACAGCCGCAGCUCAUGUGGCUUAGUGACGAAGGUGAGAAGUUCAUUUUUUUUGGGGGGGGGGGGAUACGGGGGGGUGGUCUGUAUGUUGCAGAAUUCACCAGCGGAUAAGGCGUGGUGUUCAGUGCUGGACACCGCCUAAUUUGACUUAAGGGGCAGGCCCUCUAGUUUAAAGAAAUGAAUAUAUGCUAUAUAUGUAAGUACAGAAAUGUAGACACCACUGAACAAGGAAUGUACUUAUGAGUUCCUUAGGAAUGAAACUAAGGGAAAUGAACUUGCACUAAAAAAAAGACAACAUUUCAAUACUUGAUUCCAUGAGUCAGUUUAUUAUUAUUAUUUUUUUUCCUUUUUUAAUUUCUGUAAAAUAAGAGAAACAUUUUUGUAUUUAUUAAGUGAAUGAAGAUAUUUUUAAAAUUAUGAAAACAGGCCGAACUGCUGCUGUGGUUGGCAGAUCAAAUGGAAACUGUUGCUUUGUACAAAAUGUACAUAUUUUUGGAAAAAAAAAUAUAAAAGAAAAUAGAAAUAAUUGACCAAAUGCUACCUUAAUUGUUUGGAUGAUGUUUUAUUUCUUAAAAGAUUAAUUUAAGGAUGUUUUGUCAUUCUGAGAUUAUAUAUGCUUUAUAAAUAUGUACAGAAUAUGUAAAAUGAAAAGGGAGUAUUUUUGUUGUGUUUAGAACAGUAUCAUUGUUGUGAUCUAAAAUGUUUUCUGACCACUUGAAGAAAAAGUGAUUUUCUAAUCCUAUUUUUGUUAUACUGUUUUGGAUUUUUUUUCUUCCUGAUUUGUGCAACUGGAUAAUCAUGGGAUGUUCAAAUUCAACAAAAAAAUAUCCUUAAACUUAUCUAGAGGUGCAUUCUAACACAAACUUUUGCCAGCGGUCUGUUCACAACAGACCUUUGCUUGAAAUGUCAAGUUGGACUGGAAUAGUGAGGAUAUUAUUCAGGAGCUCCACUUGUGGAAAGUAAACUGGACUGUUCUAUUGUCAGUGUAGUGCAGCACAGGUCACCGACUGUUUGUCUGAAUGCACCUCGAGUUUGACCUUAAGACUAGUGAGAAUAACUGUGAAUUUCUGUUCUUUAAAGCACCCAGACAGAGUCUGUCAGCUCCUUAGUCUGAAGUAGGCACAAAUAGUCCCUCCUAAAUGCUCAUACCAUGCAGACUUCAGAGGUUAUAGUUCAGCCAGGGGUUCUGAAAGAUACCAUUUGCCUUUUGCAGGACCCAAAAAAAUGGGUUCAAUGUAAUGAAAAAAAUUGAUGGAAAAAGAAAAUGAUUUUUUGUAACAAAAUAAAAAUUAAAAAGCAUGAUUUUUAUGUUUUGGCUGGUCAACAGUACAAGUCAGAUUUUUAUUUUUUUUUUAACUUGAGAAAUCUGGUACUGACACUUUGAAAACCAGUUAGUAUGACAUGGUUUAAUUUGUGUGCACAAUUUCAGAAGACUGUAUAAUUGUUGAUUUAUUCAGACAGUCUUGAGCUUGUAAUAUAUAUGGCAUGAUGUAUUUUUUAACUUUCAGACAAAUCAACUGUAUAUUUUUUUUCCUCAAAAUAGUUGUAAUGAAAUUCAUUUCUUGGAUAUUUUUCUCCUCUUGUACAAUAUUCCAACAUCUUACCAGUAUUUGUCCAUUUUUUUCUGUUCUGUAUAGUAGUAUCUUUACAAAUGAAGCCUUUUUGAAUUCUGAAGAGUGUUAUGGGUAUGAGUUUGUGGAAUGAGACUUGGGAGCAUUUACAAAAAAUAAAAUAUUUUACACCUUAAA